GAUCGCACUAAACAGAACAACAAACAUUCAACAAAGCUUGCGCGGUGGAACAAGAUCACACGCUUCCUCUCUCGCGCGCCCGUUUAAAUCUAUAGGUAUCGGACCGGACGAUUAGUUUCGCGAUCGAUCGAUCGAUCGACGUCGCCGUCGCCGUCGUUGUUCUAAGUCUAACAUCCUCCGUAUCGGAUGCACAUACGCACAUUUCGAUUAGCGGUGCAUAGCAGUGUAUAGUAGGUAGCCAGUGACCGUAAGGUCAAUUUGAUCGUUAUCAUCAAAACGCGUGCUGCAGCGUGGAUGCGUUGAGACGGCGCGGGAGUUGCUGGCCCAGGGGGGAUUGCUAACUGUCUCCAUUGCCGGCCGAAGCGCUGAAGGGGAUUUGCUGUUUGUUUACGUUGAAGAUUGGCAACCUCGUGUCGUAGACGGGCGGCGCCGCGCCGGGCGGUGAUCUUCCCCAAAAUCGUUUGAAUUCGAAGGUUGAGUGUAUCAUGUGUCGGUGGAUGUGGUUCAAUCGCGCAAUUGGAAGUAAUUGAUUAUUUCAAUAAGGUGCUACAUGAAAAAGUGUUGUGCAAACAGAAGGACGAAAAUCACGUCGACAUUCUGAUCCCGGGGAGAUUGGGACGGUUCAAUGGAAGUGUGUUCAAGAAUCAGUAUUGUUCGAACGUUCGUCGAGGCACAACUAUGUAGGCAGUUGGUGCUACCCACCCACAACCUAGGAAAUACCGGAAGGAUUUUCAACCAGCCAGACCGAAGAAGAACCUAUUGAACUGUUACUAUAUUACGUUAACCUAAUUCGUGGCGAAAAAAAAAAAUACUCCAGUGAAAUGUGCUAGGAGUUGUUCUAGUCAUCAGCAUGGAAGCCAAAAUCGAUAAGAAUCCCGAGCUGUGCGACUCAUUCUCCAACUAUCGAGAGCUCGCCAAAAAGGGGCAAGAUAGAAAGUACAACGAUUUCCACGAACUGCAAGCGAACUUCAAGGAACUGCAAGUCAAAGACAAAGCCAAGAACAAGCAAAUGAUGAGCAAGGGUAACCGCAAGAAGAAAAAGAAAAAGCAGAAAAAGUUCCACUUUGAGGGGGAAACCUUUAAAGAUCCGGACCCGUAUCAGCUGGCGGUUCGCAAGACGCAGUACGAGAAGCAGAAAGGUAAAUUCGUGUUCGAGGGAGAGAAGUUUGCGGAUCCCGAUCCGUUCGGGUUGGCUAUUCGAAAGAACUCCAACAGUAGCUAUGAUGACAGGGAUGUACGCCAGGAGUAUAUGUCGCAGGGACACCACGCCCAUCCAGGUUUGGUGCACGGUAGUAUGGAAUACUACAACAAGAAUGCCUAUAUAGGGAAGCUAGAUGACGACGACGAUGAAGAGGAUAGCUCGUUCGAUGAAGGAAAGCAGGGGUGCUGCAAUCGGGCGGCUUUGGCACAAUUUCUGGCAGUUAGUGUAAAGAACGUGCUCCUGUUAGGGUAUGGAAUGACUCUGGGGUUCCCAACGAUCGUCAUUCCAGCCAUUCAAGGAGGCGAAGGUCGUGGUCCGAGCAUGGAGGAAGGUUUCACCCUCAACAAGGAUGAAAUUUCCUGGCUCAGUUCCAUAAAUCUCAUUUGUGUGCCAUUGGGAUGCGUGUUUUCGGGAAUGCUGAGUCAACCGAUAGGAAGACGGCGGGCAAUGCAACUAGUGAAUAUUCCCAUGUUCAUCGCAUGGAUACUGUUUCACCUCGCUGAUGACGUCCAUUUCCUGUAUUGCGGCCUAGCCCUAUCUGGUUUCAGUGGUGGACUAAGCGAAGCGCCGGUUUUGACAUACGUGGCGGAAAUUACCCAACCACGGUACCGUGGUAUGCUAGCAGCAACCGGAUCUACCUGUGUAAUCCUCGGAGUUCUCAUCCAGUUCUUCAUGGGUAGUUUCUUACGGUGGCGAACCGUAGCGCUGUGCAGUGCCUGUCUUCCGGUGAUCUCCUUCAUCCUGCUCUUCUUCGUACCGGAAAGUCCUGUGUGGUUAGCGAAGAAACACAAGGAAAAGCAGGCACGUCGAGCAUUGGCCUGGUUGCGAGGGUGGGUACCGGAGGAACAAAUUGAGCAGGAGUACGAUGACCUGGUGAAGCACAUGGAGGAAAUAUCCGAACGAGAGAAGGAUUUUACCGCUGCCAAAAAGAUGAAGCUCUACACUAGUCGACCGUUCCUGAAGCCGUUCGGGUUGAUCAGUCUGUGCUUUUUCAUUGGACACUUCUCCGGAAUGACCACGCUACAAACCUACGCCGUACAGAUCUUUCACACCCUUAAAGCGCCAAUUGAUAAGUACUAUGCAACCAUUCUACUAGGAGUCGCGGAGCUUCUCGGAACCCUAUUUUGUGUUGGCCUCGUGCGAUACAGUGGGAAACGUCCUUUGGUGUUCGUUUCCACAAUUGGAUGUGCCAUCUGUUUCUUCUCCGUUGCCAGUUAUGCCUACUUUCUGCAUAUGAUUCCUGGUCCAUCGGUGAGCAACGUUGUGGCCAACGUUUCAGCCAUCAAAACGGAUGUUCGGGUGAUACCCCUGAACCAUACAGAAAUUCUUUCAAUAAUUCAAGAUGACAAAUUAGCUGCUCUAGUUCAGAAUACUACCAACGAAAUAUCCUACGUAAAACAAAACGAUUCAGCAGGUGUAGUGUAUAAUAAUCUUAAUUUUACUCCAUUGUACAUAAACGGUUCCUACGAUGAUACCGUCAACAAGGACAUUCGCUACGGAGAAUAUGUCCGAACGGUGUUUCCCAGAGAUGUUCUAGUCAAAAUCCCCAAUGCCAAUGAAAACAAAUAUCUAUGGUUACCGUUGACGCUCCUUUUGGGAAGCGCAUUCCUAACUCAUAUGGGAAUCCGAUUGAUCCCAUGGAUGUUAAUCGGUGAACUGUUUGCACCUUCCAUUCGUAGUGGAGCAUCCGGGAUAGCCGGCGGAACAGGCUACAUAUUCGGAUUCCUCGCCAAUAAACUCUUCCUAAAAAUGCUGGCUACUUUUAGUUUGCCAGGAACAUUCUGGAUAUACUCCGCGAUCACCGUUGUCGGUACUAUCAUAUUGCAUAGGUCCCUGCCCGAAACGGAAGGCAAAAGCUUAUUGGAAAUAGAGGAAUAUUUUGCAACGAGACGAAAGGAUAGCAUUCACUUGGAUUUAGAUUUAGAGGCUCCCCCAAAACCCAAGCCGAGAAACUCAGUAACAUCUAUAACUGCCGUGCCACCUCCGCUUCCACCAAGAUCACAUCCGUUGAAGGACGAUCUGGGACGUAUUCGGAAAACGUCGCACAUUGCCCAAACUCGCAAAUUAUCAGAAACAUCGAAUCCUUCGCGAAAAGUUUCGACAACUUCCACCAAAUCCAGAAGGUCCAGCUCGUCGAACCAGUCAUCUCAAUCGUACAAUUUGAACGAUGCCAUACCACCGGUUGAAACCGUGAUGGAAAAUUACCGCAAAAUUUCUGCUAGUAAAUUACCAGUCACGCCACCUGCAGUAGCACCUUCAACUCAACCCCCACUCCCAGCCAUGUCCCCAAAAUCAAUAGUCAUACCACUCCCGCAACCAGAGGAGCCAACGCAUCAUACCGUAACGCACCGCUACCGGAAGAUUUCGGACACAAAGCGCAAAACCAGCACCGUACUCGAUCCGGUCAUAGAGGGAGUGCAGACAACGUCCGUCAAAUCUCGACCAUCGCACUACCAUCGGCACUCGAGACGUGAGAAACCGACAACGAUGGAAGGAUUCGACGUCCGAACCUGGGAGAGCAACAUAAAGUUCGAGAAACUGCUCCGGAAGCGACGGAAAAGCCAGGAUUAUGACGACGACGAUGACAACGACUAUGACGCCAACAAGGACGACGGCCAAGGUUCAAAUACAUCCGCCAGUCAGCACGAUUUGCGACAGAUGAGGCAACAUAUACAGCAACGGGAUGCCCACCUGCUGGCCAUGGGUCGGCUCAGGAACCGACAGAAUUCGGGAAGUUUGAACAUGUUGAACACUGUAGGUCAUGAUAAUAGGGCCUUUGUGGGCAGCGAUGAGAGCGUGAGUGAAACCCAGAUGUAAUGCGCUGUUGUUUGGCGUGGUUAUUAGCAGUUCAAUAAACAAUAACAAGAAAAACAGUUAUUGAAA